AUGGAUUUUCGUGGAGGGAGCCCCAGCAUCAGGUUUUGCUGCCCACGCAAGAAUUUACUGGCCGGUGGCAAAUGCGGCGAUGGCUUGAUCAAGGAGAUUGAAACCAAAUUCGUGUUUAGGAUUGGAAAACAUGGAAAGUUGGAAAGAAAGUUAAUAACGAUGCUUAGCCUUAAUAUUAUGGAGAGAACACCAUUCUUUGAGUGCGUUGAGAUGCUCAGCCUGAAGACAGACGACUACAUGUUGUUCAAGGACGGAAGAUUACGUGUCCACUCAAGAAACACUACCCUUAACCAAGUAGAUUACUGCCUGUAUCCACAUCAGAUUUGGUCAGACCUCAACAAAACGAUACGGAUUGUUUUGGGCAAGUGCUCAGCGAAAUUAAGACCAGCAGCUCGAGAAAUCACGAUGGUUUCGAUGGUUUGCUGUAUCCUCACCAUAGCAGUGUAUCUAUAUGUAAAGAAACUCCGAAAUGUGAUCGGCAGAUGCAUUAUCUGCAGCCUAUUCAGUUUGAUCAUGAGUUGUCUUAUUUCAAUGCUAGACAGCUUUCGUUUAUUGGACAACAUUUGCUCCUUAGCAGGAUACAAUCUUUACUUUUUUGAUUUUGCUUAUCAUCUCUGGAACUCUGUUAUCAGCUAUCAAUUGUGGAAGGAAUUAAAGUCGAUGUCGAUCAGUCGCGACGAACCUCGUUAUCGGUUUCUGGGCUACAGCGUUUUUGUCUGGAGCUCUGCUGCUAUCCCGACUGGAGUCAUCUUUUUGAUGAAUCAUUUUUGGGAAAAGGAUCCCCACAAAUGGGAUUGGAUGCCCUUGGUUGGAUAUAUGGAUUGUUCGGUGAACAUUGACAAUUGGUCUGCCUGGAUUUACUAUCACGGACCCUUACUGGCCAUAAAUACCUUUAAUGUGGCUUUCUUUACACUGACAGCAAUCCACAUUGUGAAUGUUAGGCGAAAACUUAACUCGUUUAAAGGCACGAUGACCUGCGUCAAAUUCAACAAACUGUCCAACCUUCUAUUUCUGCGCAUUUCUGUCAUAAUGGGAGUGUCGUGGAUUUUCAACCUUGUUUCUUUUUGGGUACGGCUCAACAGCUUUUGGCAGGAGGCUCUCAAGAUAGCCGAUUAUUACCAUUACGCUCUUGGUAUUAUCACUUUUGUACUGCUAAUUCUUAAGCCCAGUACACUGAACUUGCUCAUGGAUAGAAUUCGUGGAAUCAGAGGGUAA